CCAGGCCACGCGCUUUCCCGGACCUCCCGACCGCUUCUGAGCCUACAGGCACCCGGCGGAGAACAGGGUGUAGUCGCCACCCUAGCCCCGGCCACUGCCUCCGAGCAGUCGGUACGGGGCUCCCCAGCUAAAGCCUGCGAGGAGGCAGAAUGCAGGCGUGCGGUGACGCCGCAGCAGGACGCCGAGCCUUCGACAGCAUCUGCCCCAACAGGAUGCUGGAGCUGCAGGGCCGGCCCUUCGGCAAGUCCAGGAAGCUGGAGAGGAAGUUCACUCCUCCGCGGAAGUUCUUUUCCGGUUGCGGCAGCCCGGUGUCGGUGUACGAGGAUCCCCAGGACCCGGAGCGCGCUGUGCUGCCUGCCCUCACCACCAUAGACCUGCAGGACCUCGCAGACUGCUCGUUACUCGGGUCCGACGCGCCGCCUAGUGGUGACUCAGAAGCCUCGCAGAACCAUUCCCUGCAAACGGCAGUGGACUUCGGUUUGCAGGAUUUCAGAGACACGGUAGAUGAUCUGAUUGCAGACUCAUCCUCUUUGAUGUCGCCUCCCCUGGCCGGCGGAGACCUCCCUUUCUCUCCGUGCGACGUAUUGCCCUUCGAGCCCUGUCUCUCCCCGCCGCUGGAUCCACGUGCCCUGCAGUCACCGCAGCUGCGCCCUCCGGACGUGCCUCCAUUGGAGCAGUACUGGAAGGAAGUGGCCGACCAGAACCAAAGGGCGUUAGGGGACGCUCUCGUUGAGAAUAACCAACUACAGGUGACACUGACACAGAAACAAGAGGAGAUAGCCUCGCUUAAGGAGCGGAACGUGCAACUGAAGGAACUCGCCAGUCGGACCCGGCACCUGGCUUCGGUGCUGGAUAAGCUGAUGAUCACGCAGUCUCGGGAUUGCGGGACAGCAGCCGAACCCUUCCUGCUCAAGGCGACUGCCAAAAGGAGCCUGGAGGAGUUGUUCAGCGCUGCGGGGCAGGAUUGCGCGGAAGUGGACGCCAUCCUGACGGAGAUUUCCGAGCGCUGUGAUGAAGCGCUGCAGAGCCGUGAUCCCAAGCGGCUCCGGCUACAGCCGGAGUCCGCGAGCCUGGACCGCAGGCCUGGGAACCUGCACGGCGCCUUCCGGGGGCUGCGCACAGACUGCAGCCGGAGCGCGGUGAACCUGAGCCACAGUGACCUGGAGGAGGGCGGCUCCUUCAGCACCCCCAUCCGCAGCCACAGCACCAUCCGCACCCUUGCUUUCCCCCAGGGCAAUGCCUUCACCAUUCGGACAGCCAACGGGGGUUACAAAUUCCGCUGGGUCCCCAGUUGAUUGGGUUGUGGUCCCCCAAAACAUUGCUCUGUAUCCCGACUGAAGCGCCUGGAGACUAAGCGGGAGUAGCUGAACUGCUUCCUGAACCUGGCUUCUCAGAACUCCCCUGCAGAGCGAAUGCCACCUUGAAACUUAUUUUUUUCAGUAACAAAUCUCGGUACCGAAGCACUGUAAAGUUCUGGUA